AUGGUAAGUGGGCUUUCGAGAAAUCUUUCAAUACUGUCUUUUGAUGAAGGGUACUCACAUCUUUUCGGAGAUGGCAAUUUGAUGGUCCUUGAGGAUGGGAAAUCGGUCCACAUUUCGUUGGAUGAUAGAACAGGUUCUGGAUUCGUGUCUCAGGAGGUUUAUCUUCAUGGGUAUUUCAGUGCUUCGAUUAAGCUCCCCGCAGAUUACACUGCUGGUGUGGUGGUUGCCUUCUAUAUGUCAAACGGUGACAUGUAUGAGAAAAACCAUGACGAGAUAGAUUUUGAAUUCUUGGGCAACAUAAGAGGAAAACAUUGGAGAGUGCAGACAAAUAUAUACGGUAACGGAAGCACAAAUGUCGGCAGGGAAGAAAGAUACGGCCUUUGGUUUGAUCCAACUGAGGAGUUCCAUCAAUACAGUAUCCUCUGGACUGAAAAUGUGAUUCUCUUUUAUGUCGAUAAUGUUCCCAUAAGAGAGGUUAAAAGGACAUCAACAAUGGGCGGGGACUUCCCAUCGAAGCCCAUGUCUUUGUACGCCACCAUAUGGGACGCGUCGGAUUGGGCCACAAACGGGGGCAAGUACCGGGUCAGUUACAAGUACGCCCCUUACAUUGCUCAGUUUUCCGAGUUUGUUCUCCACGGGUGCGCGGUGGACCCAGUCGAGCAGACAAAAUGCGACAGUGCCCUCGAGUUUGCCUCGGUGCCCUCUGGCAUGACACGUCAGCAGAGGGCGAGGAUGUCGGGCUUUCGGAACAAACACAUGCAGUACUCUUAUUGUUAUGACCAUGCACGUUACAAGAUUCCCCCGCCCGAGUGUGUAGUGCUCUCCAAGGAGGCUGACCGGCGCAGAAGGUUCGAUCCCGUCACGUUUGGCCGUGGCAGGCGGCACCACCGCCUGGCUCGGGCCCACGUCUCGUCCCUGUGA